AUGGACCAAAAAUUACAUCAUCAACAGCAUCAGCAGGAACAACAACUGCAACGUCAGCUGCACCAGUUACUACAACAUCAGCAUCAUUUGACAAUUCCUGAUCAAAUAGUUCCAUCAACAAGAUUGCUGACAACGUCAGUGCCUGAUGACGACAGCAUAAUUCGACAGCAGCAGCUACAAAAAGAGGAUUGUAACCCUGUAGCAGCAACAUCUCAGCAUGUUGAAAAGUAUUCCAGGAAAGUUUUUGUCGGUGGCCUGCCUCCUGAUAUUGAUGAUGAGGAGAUAUCAGUUUCAUUCCAACAAUUUGGUCCUCUGGUUGUUAACUGGCCACAUAAAGCUGAAAGCAAGUCAUUCUUCCCACCAAAAGGUUAUUGUUUCUUACUAUUCCAAUACGAGCUAUCUGUACAGCAUUUGUUGGAUGUAUGUGUCUUUAACGAAGGAAAGUUAUUCUGGUUUGUCUCCAGUCCCACUAUAAAGAAUAAACCUGUUCAAAUUCGAGUGUGGAACCUUCAAGAUUCGGAUUUUGUGUUGGACAACAGUUUACCAUUGGAUCCCAGGAAGACAAUUUUUGUUGGCGGUGUUCCAAGGCCUCUCAAAGCUGUUGAACUGGCGACGAUAAUUGAUCGUUUGUACGGAGGUGUGUGUUACGCUGGCAUUGACACUGAUCCCGAACUGAAGUAUCCGAAGGGGGCCGGCAGAGUUGCAUUCUCCAAUCAGCAGAGUUACAUUGCUGCCGUCAGUGCUAGGUUCGUUCAACUGCAGCAUGCCGAUAUCGAUAAGAGAGUCGAAGUGAAGCCAUACGUCCUAGACGAUCAGCUAUGCGAUGAAUGCAACAAGACAACAGGCUCAGGCAAGUACGCCCCAUUCUUCUGUGCCAACGUCACAUGCUUGCAAUACUUUUGCGAGAAUUGUUGGUCUGUUGUUCAUGCCAGACAGGGUAGAGAAUUUCACAAGCCCCUUGUUAAAGAAGGCGCUGACAGACCAAGAGCCAUGCCUUAUAAGUGGAGAUUCAAUUUAUAGAGAGAGAUGUUGCUGCCUGUGGGAGGGAUAUAUAUAUAUAUAUUUUAUUCACGUUUAUCUACGAUGAUGAUUUAUUUAUGAUGAUUGGUUAAUUAAUCAAUUGGACGAUUGUUAAGAGUGUUAUUACCUAUGUUAAUUUGAAACGAAUACACCUACCUUCGUUUUUUUUUCAUUUUUUUCAUUUUCUUGACGUUUAAGUAGUUUUAAAAUGGUUUUAUUUUUUUAUUUUUCGUUUUCUAUUUGUAUAUUUCAUUGAUUCGAAUAUACUUUCAGAGCUAGUUUCAUUUUUUUCCCUGUAGAUUUUUGUUUUCAUUUUUUUUUUCUUCAGUUAUAACUUUGCAAUUUU